AUGGAGAUAGAAAGGACACCAAACAAACGCAAAAUGAAGUAUCUUUUCCUAUCCUCCUUGCCAUCAUUAUCAUUAUCUUGUAGAUAUAUGAUGGCUAUCCUCCUGGUCUUUUUCUAUGCACUUCUCUACAACCCUACCAUUGUCAUGUCUGACCCAUCUUCUCCCACCACCUUCACCCCUCAAGACAACUUCCUCAUUGCAUGUGGUUCUAAAGACCCUCCCAAGCUACCCGAUGGAAGGGUGUUCAAGACGGAUUCACAAGCCAAUCAACAUUUGAAAGCAAAUGAUGAUAACAAGGUGUCUGAUGACAAGGCAGAUGUGCCUUCUCCUCUAUAUUCUAAUGCAAGGAUUUUUACAAAUGAAGCCACUUAUACGUUUCACAUGGGAAGGCCAGGGUGGCAUUGGGUUCGCCUCUAUUUCUAUCCCAUUCAAAACUCUGUUUCUGAUCUUCAGAAGACAACUUUCAAUGUCGUCACAGAAAAGUACACUUUGCUCCAUAAUUUUAAUUUCAACGAGGCCUCUAACAACAACACCCACAAAGCUAUUUUAAAGGAAUACCUUCUCAAUGUGACCGAGCAGAUAUUCUCAAUCAAGUUCUCUCCCCAGAAGAACUCUGCAGCGUUCAUCAAUGCAAUAGAGGUGGUUUCGGCCCCUGAUUACCUCAUCGGGGACACGGCUAACAACCUUCAACCGAUGAGUCAAUUAGGGGGGUUGUCCAACUUUGGAUAUGAAACAAUGUAUAGAGUUAACAUGGGAGGACCCCUAGUAACCUCGGUCAAUGACACAUUAGGACGAAUGUGGUUACCGGAUGAAGCAUACAUCAAGUCUAAGAACAUGGCCAAAACUGCUAAGGUUGAAAGUAAGACUAUUAAGUAUCCUCAAGGGCUAACACCCCAAAUAGCUCCACCAACAGUUUAUGCAACGGCGGCAGAAAUGGCUGAUGCAGGCGUCGGCAAUCAAAAGUUCAAUGUAACAUGGACCUUUCAAGCUGAAAAUGCAUAUGGUUACUUGAUCCGAUUGCAUUUUUGCGACAUUGUGAGCAAAUCACUUGGUACUCUUUUCUUCAAUGUCUACAUUAAUGGAUACGUGGCCAUAAGUGAAUUGGAUUUGUCACAAACUGUAAACGGUUUGGCAAUUCCAUUCUACAAGGACAUCGUGGUUAACUCGUCAUUGGUAAACGAUAUGGUUACAAUCCAAAUUGGUCCGUCAAAAUUGCAAAAUGGUGUACAAGAUGCCAUUCUUAAUGGCUUAGAGGUGAUGAAAAUAAGCAAUUCUGUUAAUAGUUUGGAUGGCGAGUUCGGAGUUGAUGGAAAGGAGGCAAAUGAUAGUAGUGGAGGUGGAGUUCACAAGGGAGCGGUGGCUGCAGUUGGAUUUGGGUUGAUGUUUGGAGCCUUUAUAGGGCUUGGGGCAAUGGUUUACAAAUGGAAGAAGAGACCUCAAGAUUGGCAGAAAAGGAACAGCUUCUCUUCUUGGUUACUCCCUGUACAUGCUGGGGAUAACAGCUUUAUGUCAAGUAAGAAUUCAGUGGGAAAGAGCAUGUACUCUGGAACAAUGGGUCUCGGCCGAUUCUUCUCUUUUGCAGAGCUGCAGGAAGCUACCAAUAAUUUUGAUUCGAGCAAAAUCAUUGGUGUUGGUGGAUUUGGCAAUGUGUAUCUUGGUGUGAUUGAUGAUGGGACUAGUGUUGCUGUUAAAAGAGGAAACCCCCAAUCUGAACAAGGAAUUACAGAGUUCCAAACGGAAAUACAAAUGUUGUCAAAGCUCAGACACAGGCAUUUGGUCUCCCUAAUUGGCUACUGUGACGAAAACCAAGAGAUGAUCUUAGUUUAUGAGUACAUGUCAAAUGGACCAUUUAGAGAUCAUCUAUACGGUAAAGACUUGCCACCAUUGUCAUGGAAGCAAAGGUUAGAGAUUUGUAUUGGCGCUGCUCGUGGGCUUCACUACCUUCAUACAGGAACAGCACAAGGCAUCAUUCACCGCGAUGUGAAGACAACAAACAUUCUUCUCGAUGAUCAAUUCACUGCUAAGGUUGCUGAUUUUGGUUUAUCUAAAGAUGCGCCAAUGGGACAGAACCAUGUCAGUACCGCAGUGAAAGGAAGCUUUGGGUACUUAGACCCUGAGUACUUUAGAAGACAACAAUUGACGGACAAAUCUGAUGUCUACUCAUUCGGAGUUGUCAUGCUCGAGGCAUUGUGCGCUAGACCUGCUAUCAAUCCUGCACUACCAAGAGAACAAGUUAACUUGGCUGACUGGGGAAUGCAGUGGAAGAGGAAGGGCUUGUUGGAAAAGAUUGUGGACCCUCUCCUUAUCGGAACAAUCAACCCUGAGUCCAUGAAGAAGUUUGGUGAGGCUGCUGAGAAGUGCUUAUUAGAGCACGGUGUGGAUAGGCCCACAAUGGGAGAUGUGCUAUGGAACUUGGAGUAUGCCCUGCAACUUCAAGAGGCAUUCACAGAAGCAAAGGGCGAAGAGGACAACACCAACUCCAACCCCUCAGCUGAUGUUGCACCUGCCUCCUCAGCUGAUGUUGUUGCUGCUUCUACUGCCGCCGCACCUCGCCCAGCUUCUAUAUUAGAGGAGGAAAAAGCCCUGCCAACAGAACAGAUAAUUAAUGACCAAUCUGGAACCGCUAUGUUUGCUCAAUUUUCUAACCUCAAUGGUAGGUAA